CACAGAGAAGAAUACACACUCUUGCUCUUCAGACUCUCGCCAUCGCACACUCUCAGCCUCUUUUCCUUUUCAGUCCGCUUCACCCCUUUUCUCUCCUACGCCUCAAAAAGGGCAAGCGCGAUCAGCAGAGCAUGAAGCUUUUUUAAUUGAAGCACAUACAGUAUGUGCCGUUCUUAAGCUGCGGCAGUUUGGAUCGCAUCCAAGAUGUGUCAUUGACCGGGAAAGGGCUGCCAUUUCACCUCAGUUUAGAGAAUCAAAGUGGCGGAAAGAGAGACACAGUAGGGAGAAGGUUAUAUGCGAGGAGGCACUUUGUCGGUUUUCGUUCAACUUCUCUGAUGGGAGAUAAACUGGCGAGAGAAGCUUAAGUCAAACGUAGAAGAGAGCGGCAAGCAGAGGAAUCACAAAACACGUGGAGAUGCUGUUUGGUGCCCUCUCCCAGAGCCAGGUCCACCCACUCCUGGGCUCCCUGCCUCUGCCGGGUCGACCCCUCCAGCCGCAGACCCAUGCCCAGCUGGAACACUUCCUGCCCCUCAGGGUCAACAGCACAUCACCGCUGAGCCUCUUCCCCAAUUUCAGCACGAUGGACCCAGUACAGAAGGCAGUGAUCAACCACACCUUUGGCGUGGCUCCACCCAAGAGGAAGCCCAUCAUCUCCUGUAACAUCUGUCACCUGCGCUUCAACUCCACUACCCAGGCAGAGGCCCACUACAAAGGUCACAAACAUGCUCGCAAGCUAAAGGCGUUGGAGACCCAGAGGAGCCGGCAGAAAGUUGGACACAGUCCACCCACUCCAGGAAAAGACAGAGACCGAGAAAGGCCGAUGUUGGGAGGAGGAACGGCGCCCAUAGACUCACAUCUGAAAGACAUAACAGGCCCAAGUACUUCAUCACAACCUGCACAGCAGCAACCAGAGGACGGCCAGCGGAGCUCGCUGGCACCCACACCUUCCUCACAUCCUUCAUCCACAGACUCUUCCUCGCUCUGCUCUCCUCAGCUGUCCCCACAAAUCUCCCCUGGCGCUCAGCUUUCUGAUUUAACCUCAGACAGUCUCCCUGUGAAGGGGGGCAGCCCGGCCACCAGUUCAGCCCCACACGCUGACCCUCAGGGGAGCUCCACAGGAGGUGAGGAGGAGGUGGUGAAGGUGGAGGAGGCUAAGGAGGCAAAGAGCAACAAAAAACAACAUCUCCACUGUCCCACGUGCAAAGUGACCGUCAACUCCAGCUCCCAGUUGGAGGCUCACUGUAGUGGCUCUAAACACAAACAGAUGCUUGAUGGUCAGAACAGCAGCCAGACGCAUCGCAGGGUCAAGAUGCCAUCAUCGCCAAGGCCCACCUGCCGAGUUAAGCAGCGAAUAGGCAGCAAGACCAGAGCAGUUGUGGGUGUUUCCAGCCAGCCCUUUCACUGUGAAAUGUGCCAGGUGUCGGUCAACUCAGAGACACAGCUGAAGCAGCACAUGAACAGCAGGAGACACAAAGAGCGUUUGGCUGGGAAGCCUGUCAAGGUGAAGUUCACCCCCUAUAAUAAACUACAGCCCAGCACUGUCUUAGCGACUAAAAUGGCCCUGCAGAAGCAGCUAUCUAAGGCCCUUCCAGCAGGGUUCCUGACCAGCCCCCUCAAUCCAGCUGCAUUGUGCACCAUUGCAUCUGGACCCAUGGCACUACGACUGCCCCCGGGUCCCACAGCCAUCAUCCAGGGUCCCCUGAUCAGUCCCGCGCUCUUCAGGCCUGCUCCAGGACCUCUGAGGGCCACACAUGCACCUAUUAUCUUCUCUCCUUACUAGUAAUGAGCCAAUCUAAGCUGAAGGACCCACAAUGAGUCUAUCACAACAUAGCUGAAGCUGGACCAGCAGAAAGGUUUUUCUUGGCCAUAUGAGGACAUAGCAUGGGACCCCCUGAGGGAUACCAGGACACUAUGCAGCGAUAGCAUAUCAUCAUGUUGAGUUUGGUAGGUUCAGGUCAUAAGAACAGUAUUCAGUGCUGACUGACCAGUGCCCCCCACCCCCUUAAAAAUGAACGGACCAUUGCUCAGCUGUUUCCCCUCCACAAACUGUUGAGUGCAUGUUCCCCGGGGUCUGGACCCCUCUGGAAGCCAUAAAGUCAAGCAUCUUUUAGUUUUAUUGAUAAGACAAUGAUAGAGUAAUAGAUUAGCGUGUGUAAAUGUUAAUAAGUGUUAGUUAUUUCAGUGUGAGAGCUUUCUAGUUGUACUCUGUGAGAAUGAGUACAAUACUUCAUUUCUGCUUUCGUUUUCAUAACCAAAUCAAAAUGAAGAAAAUUUAUGAAAGUGGCUGCCUCCAUGUAACCAACCUCCAACAAUGAAAAAACAAAGGAGAUCCUGAGCUUUGGAUUGCUGAGGAUAUUGUUUCUCAGACAUUUUACAUCUUUGCAGCCACUGACAGAUAUAGAUGCUUUUUCUCUUUAAUUUAUUUUAGAUAAGUACAUGAAUUCAUUUUUUUAAUAUGUGUCUUGACAAUCAACCACCACCCUGGUAUGAUGCCAAGAAUACUUGAUAUAUAGAGACAGACUACAAGUAAUGCACUCAAAGAGACAGUUGAAGAUAUAAAAUUUGACAAUUGUAUUUUAUUUAUUAUUUUUUUUAAAUGAGCCAUGACAACAAACUCUUCAGGUGAUGGUAAGAUAAAUAAGUUACAAUUUUGCAACAGCUUGAUGCUGUUAAAUGAGUCUUUAUUUGUCACGUGCACGUAGACACAAAGUAAAACAUGUGCAACAGUGCAAUGAACGGGGUGCUCAGUUACUGUGCAAUAUCAAAGGGAUCAAAAAUAAAAUCAGUAAAUAGGAAAAGUAGAAUAAAGUAUAAGUAGAAUUUAAGUGGGCUGGUGUGCAAGUCAAAAUGAGUGACAGAAACAAACAGUAUGUGCAGUAUUUAAAGAGUGUCCGUGCGUGUGGAAGUUUUUCUUAAAAUGAAGUGUAUGUGUUGAGGAUCCGGAUAACCUGAGGAAAGAAUCUCCUCUUCAGUCUUUCAGUUUUGGUCAUGUGACUCCGGAGGUGUUUGCUUCCUCCAAACAGUCCAUUGUUUGGGUGUGAAGUGUCUCGUGAUAUUUUGGGCUCAACUUAGGUGUCCUGCAUGGUGGGAAGAGGCGUUCGAGGGGUGAACGUUCAUCUAAACGUACCAGUCUAUGCAGGACGCUGCAGUCAGGACAGUCUGAUGUGUGCUGUUUCCCAAAAAUUCAAAUGAUUCAUCUAAAAGUUUUUAAAUGUGUCUUUCAUGUCUUUAUUAAAAGUUAUUAAAAGUUCUUUCACUUUAGAACCCCCCCCCCCUACUUGAUUGUGAUGAACCAUCUGAAGCAAUAUGUAUUUCUUAAGUGUCACUCGGUGAAACUAAUGAAUAUUGUAACUGUAUAUCAAUUGCAAUAAUGUAAAUUAUUAUGUGCUAAAAAUGCUGAUACUGUAUUCUACAUGAACUUAUAAAUAGUACUGUUUUUACACAGUUGUGGCUUUUUAUUUCUUCAUGUGGAAAUACCUCUUUUACUAUUAAUUACAGAUUUGUAGUGAAUACAGGAUUUACUUCAUGUAUAAAUAU